GUAUAGUAUGUGUAUGUUAUAUUUAUUUUAAUAUUUCUAAAAUAUUAAAGUUGUGUACUCAAUUUUUUUACGAAUUUGUGUGAUUUCUUAAUAAAACAGUUAAUGAAAUAUAGUGAAAUAAAAUACUAUGGAAAUAAGUGAAUCUCCUUUGGAUGUUUUAUCUCGAGCUGCAACAAUGGUUAAAGAUGGUCUCCCAGUUACUAAUAAUGCAGAUGAUGCAUUAAACAACAAACAUUAUACAUCAAAACAAGCCCCACCAACAACAAAAUGGAAACGUGAACGUAGAUCACGUUUACCAGAAUAUACACGAAAAUCAGAUCCAAAAUUACCAGAAAAUUUACCCCCAGAAUUAUUAAUUGAUCAUUUAGAUGAAUCUAAUAAUAGUAAUAAUUCAUCAACAUCGUCUUCAUUAUCACUGUCACCAAAAUCAUCAACACCAACAGCAGACGGUGCAUCAGUUGUAGAUACACCAUUAGAUAUGUCCAUCAGACAACGUGGAUUACCUCCAACAUAUUCGCAAGCAAUUAGUAAUUCAACGUAUCGCAUAUCAAGUUUUCGCCCAUCGGUUAUUACACAAGCACAAACUGUUCCUCCAGUACAUCAUCAAGAUAAUGGAAAAUAUAUUUCAUCAUCAAAAAUACAAAAUCAUACAACAGAAUCAAAAAGUAUAUCAAUGUGUGAUCCAAUAAUCGAUGAACACUUUCGACGAUCUUUGGGUAAAGACUACGCUAUACUUUUCUCAAAUAACAACGUUGUCACAACAACACCAUCUCCACCACCAACAGUAACAACAACAACACAAUUAACAAAUCGAACAACGCCAGUAGUCGUAGAACCACACAAUAAUAUUAAAAAAAUUACUUUAACAUCGUCGAAGAAACAUCAAACAAAAACAACAAACGCUACGGAACAAGAAAAUGGUAUUAUAGCAAGUUUUAAAGAAAUGAUGGAUACAGAUACAGCUAGUUUAUCUGUAGAUGAUCAUUUUGCCAAAGCAUUAGGUGAUACAUGGUUUAAAUUAAAUCAAAAAGAGAAUGAGUUAAAUCAAAAAAAGAAUUUAAAAAGUGAAAAAAAUGAUAAUUCAAUUCGUGUUGUUACGAUUUAAAAACUUCAUGUUGAACAAAUUGUAUAUUUAUUGUAUGUGUUAAUUAUAGAUGAGGAGUUGGCCGCAUAAGAUUCUAAUUUGUUUGGUUUUGGAACUAAACUUUUCGAUCAUGAUGCAGUUAAUUCUCGUCCUAUAGAGUAUUUUUUAGAUAUUAAUAUAAUUAAAGGCAAUAUUAAUAAAAAAAAUCGAACCUCUUAACAAUCGACAAUAUCGUAUUGACGAUGAAAGGACAAUUAAGGGCAGUGAAACGUCAGACUUACUUCGUUGUAAUUACAAGCUUCUGCAUUGUUUCAGACGUUUUUACUUGAAAAAGGAAUUUUAAACGGCAUCUAAUAAACGGAGAAGUAGAAAUAGCGUUUUGAAUAAAAGAAACGCUCUAUCUUUAAUACCUGAAUAAAUAAACGUGAUUGUCAAGUUUUUUGACAAGCAGAUUAAUAAAAAUAAAGCGUA